UUUAUUUUUCAACCAAAUCACAACCCUCACAAAAAUCAUUAAUCAAAAAUCCAUUUCUACUAAUGGACGGAAAUCAGACAUCCGGUGGCGGUGGAGGUGGAGGUCCGGCGCCGUUUUUGUUAAAAACAUACGACAUGGUUGAUGAUUCAAUGACAGAUGAGAUAGUGUCGUGGAGCACAAACAGAAACAGUUUUGUGGUUUGGAAUCCGCCUGAGUUUGCCAGAUUAUUAUUGCCUACUUAUUUCAAACAUAAUAACUUUUCCAGCUUUAUUCGACAACUUAAUACUUAUGGUUUCAGAAAGAUUGAUCCCGAAAGAUGGGAAUUUGCUAAUGAAGAGUUUAUGAAAGAUAAUAAGCACCUUCUAAAGAACAUUCAUCGUAGAAAACCUAUUCACAGCCACAGUACUAAUCCUCAAUCUUCAACUGUUGACCCUGAAAGAGCAGCUUUUGAUGAAGAAAUUGACAAACUUACACGCGAAAAGAGUUCGCUUGAAAAAAGCGUUAUGAGGUUUAAACAACAGCAACCCGCUACAAAACUUCAACUGGAAGACCUUACUCAACGUGUUAACAGUAUAGAACAAAAACAGGAUAACCUGUUGACAUUUUUGAAAAAAGCAUCUCAAAAUCCUGAGUUUGUCAAGCACCUUUCUCAAAAACUCGAAUCCAUGGAUUUUUCAGCUGAUAACAAGAAAAGAAGAUUGCCCCAGUCUCAGGUUUCCCCAGAAGAUAGUCUUGUAGACAACCAUAGCCCAUCUAGGCCCGAUUCUGGGAAUGGAUUUCAUCAUGAUUUCUCAAACAAACUUACGCUGGAGCUAUCACCAUCUGUUUCAGAUGUCAACUUUGUUUCAAACAGCACCCAAAGCUCUAAUGAAGACGGUGGAAGUCCACGUAUCAGAUUAUCUGAAAACUACACUAGAAAUACCGAUAUGACACCUGGCAGGCUCCCUUAUACACCAGAAACUCAAGAGCUUUCUGAUACCUGCACAUCAUUCGCUUUUAACAUGGAGUCUUCUUUUAUGCAAAAGACUGCCCCAAACUUAGCUGCUAAUGAAGAACCUGAGGGCCAUUUAUCUUGCCAGUUGAAUCUCACUUUAGCAUCUUCUGUUUCACAAAUCGACCCAUCUCAAGAUUCAGAUACAAUCCCCCAAUCCAUUGAGGGUAUUGGCAAACCUGCGGGUGAAAUUGUGACUUUAUCUUCCUCUAAUCAUAAACCGAUUAAUAAUGCAGGGACUGCAGCACCUACAAGUAAUCAGCCUCGGGUGAAUGAUGUUUUCUGGGAGCAGUUUUUAACAGAAAGACCUGGUUCUUCAGAUAUUGAAGAUGCAAGCUCAAAUUUGAGGGCCGCACCUUCAUAUGAUCAAGAAGAUAUAAAAACUGACCAUGGAUCGUAUGAGAAUUCAAGGAACUUCCGAAAUCUGACUCUUUAAACGAGAAAUUGUGUUCUUUGAGUCUUUGACACAAUUGUUGAAUCUCCAGGUUCUUCUCACUUUGUAUAAACUUCUAUCUAUUAGUGUCAAGGAAUUAGUUCAAGUAAAAUAUAAUCCUUUAUGUAAAAUAAAUAAGAAAGAAGGAGAUGAUAACACAUGGCAAUUUCCGUACAACUCUGCAUCCAUAUGUAUCACUUUUGUAAAAAAAAUUUGACUCACAACGGUGCAAAAUUUGAACAAUGCCAUGUAUAGCUCUCAUUCUUUCCUAUUUGUUGUAUCAUAAGGUUUGUUUUACUAUAAUCAACCCCUUAUUAGUCUCUAUAUGUACAUUACUUUCAACUAAGUUUUAUCUUUAGAUUGCAUAAGGUGCUGCAAAACGAAUCCUUUCUCUUUUGUUUACUGUAAGCAGAUCGGGCGUGAUCAUGUCCGUAUCCACAUUCUAUUAGUUUUAUUUGCAAAUUUUUAUGUAUCA